AUGUCCGAGAUGGCGACAGAAGGCUCGUGGUUUCUGAGUUUCCCCCCUGAAUUGAUUUCAUACAUUGUGUCCUUUUUGCAAAAUAAAGAUGUCAAGUCCUUGCGCUUGACCUGCAAAGCUCUCGGCGAUAUUUCGCCAUUCUCCUCCUCGCGCGUGUUUCUUUCGGCCAACUCGUUGAACAUUCGCGUGUUUCGGGCUGUAGCAGACCAUCCAAAGUUUCGCCACGAGAUCAGAGAGAUCAUCUGGGAUGACGCACAAGUUUUAUCUGCGCCCUUGAUAUGGGAAACCAUGCGCCCAAUCAUCGAACCCGAACGCAUGGAAAUAGACCCCGAAGAGGGAUGUCCCAUCUGGUUCAAGGAGGAAUGCGAAGAGAACCGAUACACUACGAAGCAUAGGAAAUAUCGCGACGUGGACCGACCGGACCAUGUUGCGCGUCAGCGCCAGAUAGAUGCCCAAAUGCCGUUGAAGGCUUGCUGGGAAUAUUAUCAACAACUAUGGGAUGAUCAGAAGUCUGUGAUCGGAUCUGAGGACGACGAAAAGGCCUUUCUUUACGGCUUGGGACAAUUCCCACGGCUGAAAAGAGUGACCGUCACGCCUGCCGCUCACGGCUGGCCGUUCGCACCGCUGUAUGAGACACCUAUGAUCCGCGCAUUUCCAUACGGAUUCAACUGUCCUCUUCCGCGAGGAUGGCACUGUGAUCCCGUUCAUGAUCAGGUUGCCGAGCCGCUACCGUGGCCAGAGGCAACCGAGGAGUAUAAGGAGCUAUGGAGAGGGGCUAGAAUUGUUCUUCGCCUUUUGUCACAGGUUGAGAAGCACGGCAUUUCUGAGCUGAGCUUCGACUCGAAGCAACUUUAUACAGGACUAAACUUGAUGAUUUUCGACCACCCAUGCGAGGAAUACAAUCAAUUUGCUGCCAUCAUGAAACGUCCGGGCUUCCAACGUCUUCAUCUGUCUUUACAUUCUGGCAGUAACGGUUACUGGACUGGGUUCCAAAGUGGAUUAUUCUGCAAAGCUGUGAGCCUGGCCAAGGGGUUGACUCAUGUUCACUUAUCUACUACAUUCAGUAAUGGAACUUCCCCUACAACGAACGAUUCACCUAUUCCCUUGAAGGAUGUUCUGCCUAUGAAGGAGUGGCCGAAUCUGUCCCACUUGGCGCUCUUUCGUUUCAUCGUUGAUACACCGGAGUUGAUUGACAUAUUGAAAUUGGCACCAUCCUCAUUACGAUCUCUUGACUUGGAAUUCCUCGAAUUUGCCUUCACGGAUCAAUUAUGUCUGGCUGGUCUUCUAGAGAGGAUGCGAGAGGAAUUAGAUUGGGCCGAAAGAGACCAAUCACUUAAACCGACGGUCACGAUCGCGAUGAGAGGCUAUCGCGCAUGGCCGGGGAGGUUCAUCAGGCUUUCAGACGAGGUGACAAGCUUUCUCUAUGGGUCUGGGGAACUCCCUGUGGAUGAAAGUGAUACACACAACCCAACCCAGUGGUGCGGGACACAUUAUGACCUUUUUGAAGAGAAGUACACUCGGCCCAACGUCAAUUACAUUGAUCUUAGGAAACUAGGAAUUACUAAAAAGUAG